GUAACCCUCGACGAGUUUUUUUUUUUAGUUCUAUAACUAAAAGCCGUUUUUUUAUUGCAAAAUGUAGUUCAAGAUCCUAUAAAUCUUUAGUAAAUCGGUCGGGGAUUGCGUUAAAAAUAAGAUAAGAAUCUGGAUAUAGGUGGAAAAUUCGAUUAUUUUAACGUGUAGUUAUAUAUAAUGCCAUAAGCCUUAUACGUAGCUGCAUCGAAAUUGAUCAGUUUGGAAUAUUAAAAAUUGAUCCCCUUUUCGAUUAAGUGAAACAUAAACAAAAAAAAUAAACACACGAUAAUAAUUUUUAUACCUUGUAAACGUAAGCUUUUCAAUAGUGUAGCAAUAACAAACGAUCGCUUCUUAGUAACGUUUAAAUUGGAAUUUGUGAUAUUAGCUUUGAUUAACUGAAGUCAUUAUAGUAUUUUGCGCAAAGACUGAUUGAACCACUGUAGUAGAGCUCAAAAAGUUACUUGUACAGUAGUCAGUUUUUGGUAAUGGUGAACGGAGGAAUACUGGAACAUGUCUAAAACCAUUAACGCAUAUAGGAUCAAAAAGAUCGAAAGUUUGGGCAGGAUGACCGCCAUGACGCAGGAGGAGAUCGUGGCGGCCGUGCGCACCGUUUCGCAGGGUCUGGAGGCGUUGCGCAGCGAGCACGCCGGUCUGUUGCACAACAUUGCUCCCGAUGCACCAGAAGCGCAGGAGCGACAAAGUUUGGUCCAUCAGAGUCAGGAGAUGAUCGAGUUAGGAAUUGGAGAAGCUCAGGUGAUUAUGCACCUAGCAAACCAUUUGCAAAUCGUAGAGGCAGAAAAGCAAAAACUAAGAGCUCAGGUCCGCAGAUUAGUUCAGGAAAACGCUUGGCUCCGUGAUGAACUGGCGUCGACGCAGCAAAGACUUCAGGCUAGCGAACAAACAGUGGCCCAACUAGAAGAGGAGAAACGCCAUCUCGAAUUCAUGAGGUCGGUAUGCAAGUACGACCAGGACCAAGAGGAAGGUCCGGGUGGUGAGGGAAGGAGUCGAGAGAAAUCCGACCCUGUUGUUGACUUGUUUCCUGACGACCAAGAUGAUGAGAGAAGUAAUUUGUCCCCAACACCGCAAAACCAACUAAAUCUAUCGCAGCAAGUUAACGCAGGCUACGAAAUCCCUGCUCGUUUACGUACUCUCCACAACUUGGUUAUACAAUACGCUUCACAGAGUCGUUAUGAAGUAGCAGUACCGCUUUGCAAACAGGCUUUAGAAGAUUUAGAGAGGACGAGCGGACACGACCAUCCAGAUGUCGCCACUAUGCUUAAUAUUUUAGCACUCGUUUACAGAGAUCAAAACAAGUAUAAAGAAGCAGCGAAUCUGCUUAACGACGCGUUAGCGAUCCGAGAGAAAACCCUUGGCGAAAACCACCCCGCUGUGGCUGCAACGUUAAACAAUUUGGCGGUUUUAUACGGGAAACGGGGUAAAUAUAAAGAAGCCGAACCUCUUUGCAAAAGGGCAUUGGAUAUCCGAGAGAAAGUACUGGGCCAUGAUCAUCCGGAUGUCGCCAAACAGCUGAAUAAUUUGGCCCUAUUGUGUCAGAAUCAAGGCAAAUACGAAGAAGUAGAAAAAUAUUAUCAACGCGCCCUCGAAAUCUACAAGAAACAAUUGGGAGCGGACGACCCGAACGUCAGCAAGACAAUGAACAAUCUGGCGUCUUGCUACCUAAAACAGGGUAAAUACAAGGAGGCCGAGGCGCUGUACAAGCAGAUUUUAAGCAGGGCCCACGAGAGGGAAUUUGGAGCGAUCGAUGUGGACAACAAACCCAUCUGGCUGGUAGCAGAAGAACGGGAAGAAAACAAGGCGCGGAACCGUGAAAACGAGCCCUACGGCGAAUACGGGGGUUGGCACAAAGCGGCGAAAGUCGACUCGCCCACCAUCACCACAACCAUGAAGAACCUCGGCGCCCUCUAUAGGCGACAGGGCAAGUACGAGGCGGCCGAGACCAUGGAGGAUUGCGCAUUAAGAACGAGAAAAAAGCAACCGCUUGACAUCGUAAUGCACUCGAAGGUCAGUAAUCUAUUGGGAAGCGACGACAAGCGUAAAAAUAAACCCUGCCGAAGGGGUUCCAAAGAAUCUCUCGAGAUGUCUUAUGAUGGAGAAGAGACCAAUCCAGCCCGAACUCCAGACAGCGAAUCCUCCAACAUCAAAACCAAAUUGUUUAAAGCCUUGGGAAUAAACUCGCAGGUCUACAAGCCUAACUAGCCGAUGCUACGCAUGACUUGAAAAAUCUCUCGUUUAGAUUUUAGUUUUCUAGUUUAGAUUUUACCAGUGCCUACCUAAGACUGUGCUGUCUUUCAGAACUGCUGGUAAUAAAAACUAUAUUAGAAAAGCGCUGUAACAUAGAUAGAACUAAACUAUUUAUACGUACCGGGUUUGUGCAUUUCGAUUAAAUCCAAGUCAAUUACAAAGAAAAUAUAACAUAACCUCUCUCGGUGUCUCGUCUUCCAAAUGCAUAAACCCUCUUAACGAAAUCUUAUUUGCUGGUGAUUUUUUUGUGAUACUGUUACGAAAAAAAAAGCAACUUUUGGUGGAAGCUUUUGCUUAUUGCAUGAUUGCAAUAUACCCUAAGCUGUGCCCCAGCUUUUGGCCUUUUAAGGAAUUUAUAUAAACAUUCCACCUUAAGAAAUUUCCCGGUUACAUGCAAUUUUGUCUUUUUUCACUGAUUCCUCUUAAUUCAUCACUUGCUUGCAUGCAAACAUGCAAAAAAAGGUAUUAUUAACGGCAUUUGAUUAAGCAAUGAUGUUUUCAAACAGAAUUAAAGAAAGACAAACUUUUUUUGCAGGGAAGAAUAACGAACAAAAUUUUAAGCUAUGAUCUUUAAAUUUAAAAAGAUAUGUUUAUCCAGUGUAGCUAUAUGCUUGCGCAGACAAGUCACAAUUGUCUAAAAUAUAUUUUAAGUGCUUGGUCCGAAUUUCUUUCUGGAAACUUUGACAUAUUCUACUUGAAUAUAAAAUGGCAUAGAAAAAUAUAUUCAAUAGUAGAGGCCGUAAAAGUUCUCAAACUAAAUUCGAGCCACCCUGUGUGUGUCUGCAAUUUGUUAAGAGAGUUAUAUUUUACGUAUAAUAUAAAAAUUUAAUUUUGAACAAAAAAAACAAAAAAAAAAUUAGGUAGUAAAAACACUAACUCCAGUCAUCUUUUAUUUAGUUCGACAGUCUGUUUGCAUGUGGAACUUUCACGAGACGACACAAAUUCAAUAAAGUUUAAACUUGCAAUUUUCCCAAAAGGUCGGUAUACAUGCCUUAAAGUCAUAAAGAGAAACUUAUUCUAUACGAACUUUUAAAAUGUUUUUUUUUUAACAUAAUAGUGUUGGAAACAAGUAAUUUUAAAUAGUUGUAUUCAAAUUAAUUUUUUACGUAUGACGUAGUCACUUAUACAUAGAAAGUAUAGUAGAAGCAACUUUAGUUUAAAAAAAUUAAAGUUUCUUCCACUUGGCAUCUUUUUUUGUCUACCAUUUCUUACAAAUUUUCAAUUGGAUUAAGGCCUGGUGAUUGAGGAGGCAACUUUUAUAUUACCUCUCUAAAUGCUUUACUGCAGGGUUUUUAUAUUAAGGAUGUGAUGGAUGAGUUUGUUUUCUAACCUUCUAUUAAAUAGGAAUUCACACUCAGAAUAAAACCUUUCGUUCUAAAUGGUUAGCAAGCUUUUAUGGCACUAUCCAAGGGUCUAAUUACGUUCAACAAAGCCCCAGUGCUUCUAUGUCUUGGCAGUUUAAAAGCCUCAGUGGUACAGUUACAGUUUAUGUCUUACAGACGUUUUUUAGCAAUUCCAAAUUCUUCAAAAUACAUUCUGAUUAAUAUCUGUAUCCUGUGGGUUUACUGAGUUCUCCAUUACGUUUUGCUACGAUAAUCUCUGCUUUCACGUUUUGGGAAAAUAAUGAUGAUUGUAAUUUUCUAUAUUAUUUCUUCUGUUGUAUUUUUUCCAUUGUUGACUACGUUAUAUAGUAAAUUGUUUUUGGUAAAUAAGGGCAACCGUAGAACCUGCCUGGAACUUCAAUAAUAAAUGGGAACCGCAGUUCGGUAGAGCCUUCAAUUUUGUUUAAGUCUAGAUCAAUUAUCAAAUCAGCAAAUUGACCCAAUGUUCAACCUGGUACUAGUAGCAACCAUACUAGUAGCAAUAAACCAGAAAGUAUAUGUAUCCAGUAUUUCUUCUUCUCAAAUUGCCCUAAUUGAUUUAUAGCCCACUUAUUUAUUGAUGAUUUCCCACAUGAUUCCUUUAGAAAUUUGCAUAAAUUUUUCUUCAUAUCAAGAUCUUCCAAGACUAAAUAUGUGAAGAGCCAGGGGGAAUAAGGAUGAAAGUCCAUGACACAUAAAGUCGAAAAAUCGUCGAAUAAAAAUUCAAUGUAUAAUAUGUAUUCAAUUCUAUUCUAUCCAAUUCUAUACAAUGAAUAAAUAUGUACUAUUGGGUAGUUCAGCGGCGUUACUACCCGAAAAAAAAUUGUAAGGCUCUAGAACAAUAAAAAACAAAAAAUUCUAGCAGAGAUCGCAAAAAACUGAUUAAGAAAGAUGAGGGUCCAGUGACUUUCAUCGAUAUUUCCUCUUAUUAUCAAGAACUUAUACGGUUUUUCAAUAAAAGCUCAAUUUUACAAAAUAAUCCUUAUUGUUUGGUGACAAAAUAGAGACUACGAAAUAAAAUAGAAAUUCUCAAUUGUGUGGCAGGCUGCAAAUGUACUCCUGUGCCGAUUCUCCACAAAAUCUUACAA